AUGGAGUCGUCACGCGGCAUCCUCAUCCCCGGCACGCCGCCGCUGUCCUACGCGUACGAGCCGCUGCCCUCCUCCUUAACCGAGGCCAACGGCCAGGAGGACCGGCGGAUCACCGGCGGCGUGAGGUGGCGCGCGUGGGCCGCCGUGCUGGCCGUGGGGGCGCUCGUCGUCGCCGCCGCGGUCUUUGGGGCCAGCAGGGUCGACCGGGACGCGGUGGCCUCCUCCGUACCGGCUACAGCGGAACAUGGCGUGCUGGAGAAGGCGUCCGGGCCAUACUCCGCCAGCGGCGGCUUCCCGUGGAGCAACGCCAUGCUGCAGUGGCAGCGCACCGGCUACCAUUUCCAGCCGGAGAAGAACUACCAGAACGGUACCGUCGGUCCGGUGUACUACAAAGGAUGGUACCACUUCUUCUACCAGCACAACCCGGGGGGCACCGGGUGGGGCAACAUUUCAUGGGGCCAUGCCGUGUCGCGAGACAUGGUCCACUGGCGUCACCUACCGCUCGCCAUGGUGCCCGAGUACUGGUACGACAUCGAGGGUGUCCUCACCGGAUCCAUCACCGUGCUCCCCGACGGCAGGGUCAUCCUGCUCUACACAGGGAACACCGAGACGUUCGCGCAGGUGACCUGCCUCGCGGAGGCCGCCGACCCAAGCGACCCCCUCCUCCGCGAGUGGGUCAAGCACCCCGCCAAUCCCGUCGUGUACCCGCCCCCUGGCAUCGGCAUGAAGGACUACCGUGACCCAACCACGGCAUGGUUCGACAACUCCGACAACACGUGGCGCAUCAUCAUUGGCUCCAAGAACGACACCGACCACUCCGGCAUCGUCUUCACGUACAAGACCAAAGACUUCGUCAGCUACGAGCUGAUACCGGGAUACUUGUACCGUGGCCCCGCCGGCACCGGCAUGUACGAGUGCAUCGAUCUAUUUGCCGUGGGCGGCGGUCGCGCCGCCAGUGACAUGUACAAUUCGACGGCCGAGGACGUGCUGUACGUGCUCAAGGAGAGCAGCGACGACGACCGGCGCGACUAUUACGCGCUCGGGAGGUUCGACGCGGCGGCCAACACAUGGACGCCGAUCGACACCGAGCGGGAACUCGGCGUCGCGCUGCGGUACGACUAUGGAAGGUACGACGCGUCCAAGUCCUUCUACGACCCCGUGAAGCAGCGGCGGAUCGUGUGGGGGUACGUCGUCGAGACCGACUCCUGGAGCGCCGACGCCGCCAAGGGGUGGGCCAACCUCCAGUCGAUUCCGAGAACGGUGAAGCUUGACGAGAAGACCCGGACGAACCUCAUCCAAUGGCCGGUGGAGGAGAUCGAUACCCUCCGCAUCAACACCACCGAUCUUAGCGGCAUCACUGUCGGUGCUGGAUCCGUCGUCUCCCUCCCUCUCCACCAGACCUCCCAACUCGACAUCGAGGCAUCCUUCCGCAUCAACGCCUCCACCAUUGAGGCACUCAACGAGGUCGACGUCGGCUACAACUGCACCAUGACCAGCGGCUCCGCCACCCGUGGCGCACUCGGCCCCUUCGGCAUUCUCGUUCUCGCCAACGUCGCCCUGACAGAACAGACGGCGGUGUACUUUUAUGUGUCCAAGGGCCUCGACGGUGGUCUUCGAACGCACUUCUGCCACGAUGAGUUGCGGUCGACACAUGCUACCGAUGUGGCGAAGGAGGUGGUGGGUAGCACGGUACCGGUGCUCGACGGCGAGGAUUUUUCCGUUAGGGUGCUCGUGGACCACUCCAUCGUGCAGAGCUUCGUGAUGGGCGGGAGGAUGACGGCGACGUCAAGGGCCUACCCGACGGAGGCCAUUUACGCGGCGGCGGGGGUCUACCUGUUCAACAAUGCCACCGGCGCCAGCAUCACCGCUGAGAAGCUCGUCGUGCACGACAUGGAUUCGUCGUACAACCGGAUAUUCACAGACGAAGACUUGUUAGUCCUCGAUUAG